GACAGAGGCUGAUUGACACAUGAACGUUGAGGACGCCAACAUGGAGGAAACAUCAGCACACCAGUGAGGAAGAGGUGGAGCUUCUUCAACAUGUGACGCAGACUAGGUGUGUGCCUAGGAUCCGGGAGCUGCCGGUCAUCGCUACGUCGCCAUGAGGCGCGCCCUGGUUCUUCUCGUCACCUGCCUCACCUGGACCUCGGCUCUGCUCGCAGCCCCCACCGAGCUGAAGUACCUCCUGGAGCCGCCCGUUUACGCCGAGGUCGUCGGCCGGCGCGGCGAGGAAGCCACCCUGCCGUGCGUCCUAAAAAGCAAACCGGCCCACUACAAAGUCAAAUGGACCAAGCUGGAGCCGGGCGCCAUCGGCCCCGAGAACAUCGUGAUGAUUUCCGACGCGCACGCCUUCAAGCGACACGGCCAGCUGGGGCCGCGGGCGUCCCUGCGGCGAGCCCACAGCAUGGACGCCUCCCUGCGGCUCGCCGACCUGCGGCUACAAGAUGGCGGCACGUACCGCUGCGAGCUCAUCGACGACAUCGAGGACGAGAGCGUGGCGGUCACUCUGAGGAUAGACGGUGUGGUUUUCCCCUAUCAGAGCCAAAAUGGCCGCUACAAGCUGACCUUCAGCGAGGCCAAGACGGCGUGCGAGGAACAGGACGGCGUGUUAGCCUCUCACCACCAAUUGUACAGAGCCUGGACCGAGGGUCUGGACUGGUGCAACGCGGGCUGGUUGCAGAAUGGACAGGUCCAGUACCCCAUCAUCACGCCUCGGCCUGCCUGCGGAGGAGCAGAACCGGGUCCCGGCAUUCGCGAUUACGGACUUAAAGACAAGCAGCGGGAUCGUUUCGACGCCUUUUGCUUCACCUCGCUGACCACCGGGUCCGUCUUCCACGUGGCGGGCUCCUUCUCCUUUGAGCAGGCCCAGCAAACGUGCGCACGCCACGCAGCUGACCUGGCCUUGGUGGGCCAGCUCUACUCCGCCUGGCGCUUCCACAACUACCACCGCUGUGACGGCGGCUGGCUGAGAGACGGCAGCGUGCGCUUCCCCAUCGCCAAACCCAGGGGGCGCUGUGGGGGCCUCGCCGACCCGGGGGUGCGCUCCUUUGGGUUCCCGCCUAAGUCCUCGCAUCUCUAUGGCGCUUACUGCUACCAGGAAGUCCUCAGAUCACAGUAGUCACCAAAAACACCUUCCAUUCAACUAUCAUCCAUCCAUCCAUCCUUCCAAUCAUCCAUCUA